GCGCGCCCUGAGCCUCGCCAAGAUGUCGAGCGCGGCGCCGCACGACCCCUUCUAUUCUUCGCCCUUCGGCCCCUUCUACCGGAGGCACACGCCGUACAUGGUGCAGCCCGAGUACCGGAUCUAUGAGAUGAACAAGAGGCUGCAGACUCGCACCGAGGACAGCGACAACCUCUGGUGGGAUGCCUUUGCAACGGAGUUUUUUGAAGAUGAUGCAACCUUAACUCUUUCAUUUUGUUUAGAAGAUGGACCAAAGCGAUACACAAUUGGAAGGACCCUCAUUCCUCGGUAUUUUAGCACUGUCUUUGAAGGAGGUGUGACAGACCUGUAUUACAUCCUAAAGCACUCAAAAGAAUCAUACCACAACUCCUCCAUCACAGUGGACUGUGAUCAAUGCACCAUGGUCACUCAGCAUGGAAAACCAAUGUUUACAAAGGUGUGCACAGAAGGACGUCUUAUCUUGGAAUUUACAUUUGAUGACCUUAUGAGAAUAAAAACCUGGCACUUUACAAUUAGACAAUACAGAGAGUUAGUCCCUCGCAGUAUUUUAGCCAUGCAUGCACAAGACCCUCAGGUGCUGGAGCAGCUUUCCAAAAACAUCACCCGCAUGGGUCUCACUAACUUCACCCUCAACUACCUCAGGUUGUGUGUAAUAUUGGAGCCAAUGCAAGAAUUGAUGUCAAGGCAUAAAACCUAUAAUUUAAGUCCUCGAGAUUGCCUGAAAACAUGCUUGUUUCAGAAAUGGCAGAGGAUGGUGGCACCUCCAGCAGAGCCUACAAGGCAGCCAGCGACCAAACGGAGGAAAAGGAAGAACUCGACAAGCAGCACUUCUAAUAGCAGUGCCGGGAACAAUGCCAACACCACCAACAGCAAGAAAAAGGCGGCGGCGGCUGCAAACCUGAGUCUUUCAAGUCAGGAUGUGAUGGUAGUCGGAGAGCCAACGCUAAUGGGGGGAGUUGGGGACGAAGACGAGCGACUCAUCACAAGCGUAGAGAACACGCAGUAUGAUGCAGCAAAUGGCAUGGACGAUGACGAAGACUUCAACAAUUCGCCUGCGUUGGGGAACAACAGCCCGUGGAGCAGUAAACCUCCUGCAAACCAAGAGACCAAGCCUGAAAACCCAACACCUCAGACUUCCCAAUAAGUUGCCUGAAGCAAGUCACAAUUACCAUAUCGCAGCAUCCUUUAUGAUGACAAUAACUCCCAGUUUUCAACAGACAUAGAACCUAUUUCUAAAUGUGUACAGCUCUCUCUUUUUUUAAGUUAGGAAAAUAAUUUAUAAGCUUCCAGGUAGGUAUCUCGGAAGCUCUUGCACAUGGCAUGAUACUGACACUGACCUCAGUGGAAAGAACUGAAUAUGUAAGUAGCACCUCAUGAACAUUGAUCAAUACUCACAUUUCAGUGGAAGAUUCCUCCCUACUAUGAACCCCUUUAUCCUUUAAAGGCCAUAUCUAACAGAAGACCAUUAGUGCUCAGGAUCUAUUGGCCGUUUUAAAAACAUGGUGAACAAAAUACAUCUUUUCCAACUUGCUCCUGAGGAGGUGUGUGAGUGCGCUCACACAGUCUCAAAUGCCUUGGCUCACGAACAAAUC